CAGCUAAAAUGACAAGUCUGAUUGAUGACAAUCAAAUGAUAGGCACUGUCAAGAGAGGAACUUCACACCCUAUGUCGUCUGCUUUCGUUGCAUUGAGCCCAACAUGGGGGAAGAACGAGAGAGAGAUUGCCUUGUUCAACCAUCCCACCUCAACUCGGGAGCCCUGGACCUACCAACCUGUCUGUCUUGUUUUUGCGCAUUAACAUAAUACAUGAUCUACAAACUGUUGUACCAGGCUGAGGUACAGUGAGAGGAAGCAGGAUGUCCAAUAACAUGGCUAAGAUUACAGAUACCCGCAAGACAGUGGAACAGCUGAAACUGGAAGUUAACAUUGAAAGAAUGAUGGUGUCCAAAGCAGCAGCUGAUCUGAUGGCCUUCUGUGAGGCUCAUGCCAAGGAGGACCCUCUGGUGAUACCAGUGUCAUCCUCUGAGAACCCUUUUCGGGAGAAGAAAUUCUUCUGUGCCAUACUCUAAUCCCCACAAAUUCACGUUAUUAAAUACAAUAACUCUA